AUCUCCUGUCCCUCCCAGAUUCUUCAGCACUAAACAAAAUCAGCAUAUGGAAGGCUCCCCUGUAAGGUACAGCCGAUUGCUGCAAUAACCCCUCCCAUCUAUCAGGCUUCCUUUUAUUUACAAUAGCUAAACUAUUACACGGCAGAUGUAAGCAGAGUCUGUAACAGCUACAGAUUCCGUCACUGCAAAGGCCCAGACCACAAAACAUUAUGGAAGUACUCAACCCAUCUUACUAUCCUGCAAGAAGGGCUGCUGCUGUGGCAGAGGAAUACAUUAACUACAAGAUGGGAAGACCUCACCGCUUGUUUGGCAUGCAGGAUGUGACAAGUGCUAGCAGAGAGAGCAUUGAAGGAGUUGGUAACAAAUACCACAUCAAGCUAUCAAUUAAAGAUAUUUUGAACAAUGGAGAGACUGUAAACUGCACUGCGGAAAUUCUCUACCAUCUACAAGGCCAGAAUACUGCUCCUAAUGUGAGUUUCACCCUCCAGAAAGAGCUUAAAAAUGACACGGAGGGCAGAGAUAAAACAUUUUAUGAGAGGUUAAGGAAACUGGAAGAGCCACUUGUUGCACAAGAAAUUCCAGAUAAAUUUGGCAAUGUAGCACCGGAGAUGGAGCCGGUUCAUCACCUAGCUUUGGUUGCCGCUGCUUAUGUAAAAUGGCAAAACUCAACAGAGAAUACUUUCUUCAGAAUGGCCGUGAUAAAAAGUGUCAAGCAAGUGAAAAGAGAAGACGCAUUCCUGGAGUUUCACCUUGUUAUGCUGAUCCAUGAAAUGGUCACACAGGAAAUGAUCCCCUGGGAAAUUAACAUCUUAUGGAAUCCAACGGAAGGAUUGAAAAUAGUAAAAGAUGUUCAACUGCCAAAAUGUCACGGAUAGGCAACAUUUUCAGAAAAAUCACUUCAAAAAUAUAUUUAAAACGGAAAUAAACAUUCAAUGGUAAUACUUGCAGACAGUAAUACUCACUGCACUGUUGAAGUGAGAGUUUCUCUGAAGGCAACUUUAGGUUUACCCAUGACACAAGGACAGCCAUAUUCUCUCUCCAUCCUCUGCAAGAAAUGAAACACAAAUAAAAUAAAAAUCUAAAGUAGUCUUAAA